UACCUUCCAAGUUGCCACUAGCCCCAAUGUUUACAAACAUACUAAAAGAUCGCAAUUUCAACUUUCCCUUUCUUUCCCACUAUCCUUUCUUGGCAGCCAAACAGCAGGUGAUGGGGUAUAGCCAGCUAAGCCUGAAGUGUUAAGAGUCUAUCUGUUUACUAGUUGGUAUUUCUUUAGCUCCUCUCAAAUUUCCUAGUGGGGGAGGAUAUUUGAAUUCUUAUGACAUAAUGAAUAUUCUCUGUACAGCCUUUUAGAAUUAAAGUUUUAAUUUUUUUACUAUUAAUAAAUUGUUAGAUUCCCCACCUUUCUGAAUCAGAUUAUGUCUUUUACUGGCUAACAUUAUUACUCUUGUUCAAUGUGCUUUUAACCUUGUACUGCAUCUGAAGCAAUGUUCUGUCUUCUGUGACUAUAUGUAUUUGUUUUCAAAUGGACAGAUUUUGGAUCUACAACAAGUAAAACAACAACAAAAGUUUGUCUUUUUUUUGGUAGUGGUUAUUGAAUUCUAGAGGGCAAUGAGGCAAUUUUCCUCCAUGUUGAAUGGAUUAGCAAGGUCAUUGAGAGGGAAAAACUCCGGGAACGAUGACAGACGAGAGGCUGCCGAGGCAAUGGCGAAGGACGCGAAGAGAAACGACAUGAUUUUGAGGUCUUCGGGUUCGGUAAACGUCGAUGGUUCGAAUAAUUUUGCCUCGGUUUUCUCCAAGAGAGGCAGGAAAGGAGUGAAUCAGGAUUGUGCCAUUGUGUGGGAGGAAUUUGGAUGUCAAUCAGACAUGUUGUUUUGUGGGAUAUUUGAUGGGCAUGGUCCCUGGGGUCAUUUUGUAGCUAAAAAAGUUCGAGAAUCAAUGCCUUCAUCCUUGCUCUGCAAUUGGCAAGAGACUCUAGCUCAAGCAUCGCUCGACCCGGAUACUGAUUUAGAAUCCGAUAAAAAGCUUAAGAGGUUUCAUACAUGGAAGCACUCUUAUCUAAAGACUUGUGCCGCCGUUGAUCGCAAGCUCGAGCAGCAUAGGAAGAUCGAUUCCUUUUACAGUGGAACCACUGCGUUAACAAUUGUCAGACAGGGUGACCUCAUAUAUGUAGCCAACGUCGGUGAUUCUCGGGCUGUUUUGGCUACAACAUCAGACGAUGGGGACUUGGUUCCCAUUCAGCUUACCUUAGAUUUCAAGCCGAACUUACCUCAGGAGGCCGAGCGGAUAAUUCAGUGCAAAGGCCGGGUUUUCUGCCUGCAUGACGAGCCAGGGGUGCACAGGGUUUGGCUACCUGAUGAGGAGUCACCGGGGCUGGCGAUGUCAAGAGCUUUCGGGGACUACUGCAUAAAAGAUUACGGGCUUAUUUCGGUUCCAGAAGUCACACAACGACAUAUAACCUGCAGAGACCAAUUUGUUGUGCUUGCUACAGAUGGGGUAUGGGAUGUUGUAUCCAAUGAGGAAGCGAUUCGAAUAGUGUCUUCGAGACCGGACAAGGCAAAGGCAGCUAAGCGGCUGGUCGAGUUUGCCGUCCAGGCUUGGAAAAGGAAGAGGAAGGGCAUUGCAAUAGAUGAUAUUUCAGCCAUCUGCCUCUUCUUCCACUCUUCUCCCUUGGAAUGAAGUUGCUUUUGUUACAACUUCAACAGAGUUGUUAAUGUAAAUUGAGCGAAGAUUAUGGCUCUUACGUAUUGUUUUUUUUCUUA